AUGAGCGACUUGGUUGGGUUUGAAGUACCAAAAAUGGACUGGACCCCUGGCCCAGAUUUAUUAACUAGAUUCAAGAGAUUCCGCCAAAAGUGUGAACUGCUACUUGAUGGACCGUUAAAAGCUCGAGACGGCACUCAAAAAUGCAAAUAUGUGCUACUAUGGUCAGGCGAUUACGGAAUAGACUUAUUUAACACUUGGUCGCUAACCGAAGACCAACAAAAAGACCUGAAAGAAUACUGGAAAAGAUUCGAAGACCAUGUUAAACCACAAGCAAACCAUAUCUUGAACAGAUAUUAUCUACGAGGUCUGAAACAGAAUAAUCGUCCCUAG